CUUGACGGCGGCGCAGCCCGAGUGAGUCUGCCUGAGAAGAGCUUAAGCGCCGCUGGUGGGGCCGUGAGGAGACGCGAGGCCCGGGCAGGUGGAUACAAGCAUACAGAUGGCAGAUAACAGUAAAGCAGAAGAUGCUGCCUCAGAUUCUGUGGAAGCUGCUAAACAUGCAAGUGAUAAAAAAGAAAAGCUAGCGGAUCAAGUGAUGCAAAAUCCACAAGUCUUGGCAGCUCUGCAGGAGCGACUUGACAGUUCGUCUCACACUCCUUCAAGCUAUAUUGAAACGUUACCAAAAGCAGUAAAAAGAAGAAUUGAUGCCUUGAAACAACUCCAGGUGAAGUGUGCCCAUAUAGAAGCUAAAUUUUAUGAAGAAGUUCAUGAUUUAGAGAGAAAAUAUGCAGCCCUCUAUCAACCUCUCUUCGAUAAGAGAAGGGACUUUGUCAUUGGUGAAGCUGAACCUACAGAUGCAGAGUCAGAGUGGCACAGUGAAAAUGAGGAGGAAGAAAAACUAGCUGGAGACCUCAAAAACAAAGUAGUAAUAGAAGAGAAAGAAGCAGCAGCAGCUGCAACAGAAGAGUCAAAUCCCAAAGGAAUUCCAGACUUCUGGUUUACAAUCUUUAGAAAUGUAGAUAUGCUAAGUGAAUUAGUACAGGAAUAUGAUGAACCAAUCUUAAAACACCUGCAGGAUAUUAAAGUGAAAUUUUCUGAACCUGGACAGCCUAUGUCUUUCUCAUUAGAGUUCCACUUCGAGCCCAAUGACUACUUUACUAAUUCAGUCCUGACAAAAACCUACAAGAUGAAGUCAGAGCCAGACAAGACUGAUCCCUUUUCAUUUGAAGGCCCUGAAAUAGUUGAUUGUGAGGGGUGUACUAUUGAAUGGAAGAAAGGAAAAAAUGUUACAGUUAAAACAAUCAAGAAGAAGCAGAAACACAAGGGUCGAGGCACAGUUCGAACAAUUACCAAACAAGUACCCAAUGACUCUUUUUUUAACUUCUUCAGCCCCAUAAAAGUGUCUGGGGAUGGAGAGUCAUUGGAUGAAGAUUCAGAGUUUACUUUAGCCACAGACUUUGAAAUUGGGCACUUCUUCCGUGAAAGGAUAGUCCCUCGUGCUGUGCUUUAUUUCACUGGGGAAGCAAUAGAGGAUGAUGAUAACUUUGAAGAAGGAGAGGAAGGAGAAGAGGAGGAAUUGGAAGGUGAAGAGGAGGGAGAGGAAGAGGAGGAUACAGAGAGUGAUCCUAAGGUGUAAUUUAAGUCUGUUUAUCAUUCAUACAUUUCUAGAAAGAUUCCAGCCAACCUGCUGAGUGCAAACAACAAUAAUAAGGAAAUACCACUUCAGAGUGAUAUUUGAACAACUUGUAACAAAUAUAUUUGGAUACCUGGCCUGCAGUUCAGGAUAUUCCAUUGCUGCAGCACAAUCUUAUUAACAAUGCUUAAAAUUAAUUUGUUUUCAAGUGCAUGAUUUUCACUAACUUUUUUUUUUUUUUUUCUUAUUUUUUGCUUAACUUGUACAGUGGUAUCUUCACUGCAUUUGGGAAAUAUGAGGUUUAAAUAAAGCACACUCUACAGCC